AUGACCAAAGCCACAACGUUCUCAUCAUGGGUCUCUCCAGAUCUCCAUAUACGAAAUCAAAAACAUCUUCUUCACCAUAAAAAUGUCAAACCAACUUUAAGAUCUUUACAAUUUCUAUCUCAAAGCUUCAACACUUUAUACUGUACACGAAUUCCCGCUACUUUAACACUGACUACAACCUCUAAUCAUCAAGUUACAGAUUACAAUGCUGGAAUUUUCAGAUUCUGUGAAAUGGGUAAUCUACAAAAGGCGAUGGAUUUGGUUUGUAAAUCUGAAGAAAUUGAUUCCAAGACGUACUGUCACAUCCUACAGCUUUGCGCGGAGUCAAAGGCUCUGCACCAUGGCAAGACAGUUCAUAAUUUGAUAUGUUCGAGGGGAAUUGAACUUGAUUCCGUUCUGGGUUCAAAGCUCGUGUUUAUGUAUGUGACCUGUGGGGAUGUGAGAGAAGGGAGGCGGAUUUUCGAUAAAAUCGAGAAACAUCACGUUUUUCUUUGGAACUUUAUGAUGAACGCGUAUGCAAAGAUGGCUCUUGGGAAUGAAAAUUUCGGGGAAAGUAUCCAUGGUUAUGUUCUAAAGCUGGGGUUUGGACUUGAUUGUACUGUGGUGAACUCCAUGAUUGCUCUUUACUUCAAGCGUGGAAACAUUGAUAAUGCACGGAAGCUGUUCGAUCAUUUGCCUGAACGAGAUGUGAUUACUUGGAAUACAAUGAUAAACGGAUAUGUAGCCAACAGUCUUCCAGAAACAGCCUUUGAGGUCUUCAAGAACAUGCUUUAUUCUACAGUUAGCAUGGAUUCGGCUACAAUGGUUAGUGCUGUUGCAGCAUGUGCAAGCAUGAGUUUCCUUACUUUAGGCCAAACAAUUCAUGCUUUUGCAGUGAAAAGUGAAUUCAACAAGGAAACAAAAUUUAACAACACCUUACUUGAUAUGUAUUCAAAAUGUGGUGACAUGGAUGCUGCACUUCAAGUAUUCAAAAACAUGAAUGAAAGUAGUGUUGUUUCAUGGACUUCAUUAAUUGCAGGAUAUACAAGAAAAGGUGAAUCCCAUAAAGCAAUCGAGUUAUUCCUCAACAUGAAAAAGAAAGGUGUGAAACCCGAUACUUUCACAGUCACAAGCAUCCUUCAUGCUUGUGCUUCAAAUGGUUCACUAGAAAAAGGCAAAGAAGUUCACAAUUACAUCAAAGAAAACCAAAUCCAAUCUUUAGCAGUUUCUAAUGCUCUUAUGGACAUGUAUGCAAAAUGUGGUAGCAUGGAUGAUUCAUAUCAUGUUUUCUCUGAAACCCCUUUUAAAGAUAUUGUCUCAUGGAACACAAUGAUUGGAGGCUACUCAAAAAAUUCUCUUCCAAGUGAAGCACUUACUUUAUUUACCAAAAUGCAAAGUGAAAUCAAACCUGAUAACAUAACAAUGACAUGCAUCCUUCCCGCAUGUGCCAGCCUGGCAUCUUUAAACAAAGGCCGAGAAAUCCACACACAUGUUUUAAAAAAAGGGUUUUCUUCAGAUCAAUUUGUCAUCAAUGCACUUAUUGACAUGUACAUGAAAUGUGGAGCUUUACUUUUAGCAAAAUCACUCUUUGAAAUAACCAAAAUCAAGAAUCUUGUCACAUGGACAAUCAUGAUUGCAGGGUAUGCCAUGCAUGGAUUUGGACAUGAAGCUUUAUCAACCUUCAAAAGGAUGCGUGAAAAUAAUGAAAAGGGUAAAAGAGGAAUUGAACCUAAUGAAGCUUCGUUUACUUCUAUACUACACGCGUGUAGCCAUUCAGGGUUGCUCAAAGAAGGUCAAGAAUUUUACAAAAUCAUGGUGAAUGAGUUCAAGAUUGAACCCAAGUUAGAGCAUUACGCAUCUAUGGUGGAUCUUCUUUCUAAAACAGGAAAGUUAUCAGAAGCAUAUAAGUUCAUCAAAAAGAUGCCUGUUAAACCUAACUCCACAAUAUGGGGAGCAUUACUUUGUGGUUGUAGGUUUCACCAUGAUGUGAAACUAGCCGAAAAAGUUGCAGAAGAAAUUUUCGAAUUAGAACCAGAAAACACAGGAAACUAUCUACUUUUGGCUAAUAUAUAUUCAGAGGCUGAGAAAUGGGAGGAAGUGAAGGUGUUAAGAGAUAGAGUUAGUAAACGGGGUUUGAAAAAGAAUGUAGGGUGUAGUUGGAUAGAGAUUAAGGGUGAAGUUUAUAUAUUUGUUGGAGGAGAUAAAGAGAAUCCAGAGGCUAAAAAGAUUGAAUCUUUAUUGGAUAAGUUGAAAAUGGAGAUGAAGAAAGAUGGAUGUUUAGAUAGAGUAAAAUAUGGAUUGGUUGAUGAAGAUAUGGAGAAAGAAGUUAAGGUUUGUGGGCAUAGUGAGAAGCUUGCAAUGGGUUUUGGGAUACUGAAGUUGGCUCAUGGUAGGACAAUACGGGUGAGUAAGAAUAUGAGAGUAUGUUGGGAGUGUCAUGAAAUGGCGAAAUUUGUUUCCAAGAAUGUUGGGAGGCAGAUUGUGUUGAGAGAUUCGAAUAGGUUUCAUCAUUUUAAGGAUGGGUUUUGUUCUUGUAGAGGUUACUGGUGA